UCUUCGCCGUAUGGCCAUGCGUCGCCCCGUCGACCUGGUCACGAUCACAGGAGUACACAUCGUCGAUCGCCGAAUUGCCACCCCAGCACGCGCGGGGACGAGCGGCAAGCGCCGCGGCGGCUCACUCCGAGCGGAGCAGCAGGCGAGACGCAUCGCCGAACGUUGCAGGCGUAGUAGCCGCGGGCCUGGGAGGCAUCGCCACGUCGAGAGACGAUUAACAAGCUCGAUCGAGACGACGAACGUCGCGCGACGUCGGUUCGCUGCCGCAUCGCUACGGGACGUGUCGUGAUUCUCACGACGAAGUUGAUCGCAGAGCGUAUUUGCGCUGGGUAUUUCGCCGCUUUCUUGUUUCGUUUCGCAAUUAAGGGAGUUUGUCCGUCGCGCGCCUAGCAUAAAGACGCGUCAGAUGCGUCAGUGAGAGGAUCAUCUGCCAAAGUAACACCUUUCACCCUGCCGACGACUCGCAUCCCCCGGGAAGUCGCCGCUGCGUGCGGCACGCAGCGGGAGGACCUUGCCUAUCGCCGCGUCGCCUCGGCCGGAGCGAGUCAGUGCUACUCCUGAUUUCCGCCCGAGUGUCGCCGCUCGCGUCUCUUGACAUUGGGGACGGAUUACAGCCGUGUAUCGGUUCCGAUUUCACGACGUGUUGAAUUCCGGAGUCCGCUAGUCCGUGCCGACGACUCGUCACUCUGAAGAAGGCAGCAGUGAUUUUCCGCCGAACGAGCGGAAGCAACAAAAAAAAAAGGAGUUGCGUGAAAGUGAUCGCGAUCGAGUAUAGAAGUGUCAGGAAUAAUCGAAGGGAUAGUGAAUUCUCCAAGUCUGAUUCUCUGGCGGCGGACAACGUUCGUAGAAUCUGUGAAGUGACACGUGUCGCAAUUAUCGAGCUCCGUAUGUCGCGAUCGUUCGCGGUACCAGUUUGAUCGCGCCUCGAUCGCGAGAAGAGAGACUCGGUGUCUCGGAACAGUGCUGAGACGGUGCGACGGCGGAGUCGUUUCCCGUGUGUUAACGCGAUAACGCUGCACACUGUUGCUGCUACGCACCGAAUCGCGACAUCGCGAGGGAGACGCGAUUAACGCUGCGCUCUUUGGCAUGGUUACGUAAACGGGCACCGAGAGACGGUUGUUGCGCGCCGGACCGACCAGAGGUGGUUUUCUCGCGGGAGGAAGUGAAUAGAACGCCGUGCAGCGGCGCCAGCGAGAUCUCUCUCUUUCUCUUUCUCUCCGUUACGCCGGCGGGGAAAAAGGGGGAAAAAAACCGGGGAACGCCGCGAGACACGUGUCUAUUAUCGGCAAUUGCGCCGAGUCGAUCGCGCGCGAUCGAGAAAAUCCUGUCCUAUCUCCGAAACGACGACGAUUUCUCCCGACGAGUUCACGACCGACUGGUUUCGCGGAAGAAAUAUCGCGGCGCGGAAAUAUCGCGGGAAAUAUUUUUCAACGCGACUUCCCCGACGAUCGGCAACGACAAGUAAUCUAAUAUCAUCGAUCGCCUUUCGGCGCUAUGUCGUGCCGACGACACGCCGGGCGUCAAUGUAACGUCAUCGUGCGAUCGGCAAUCGCUAUUUUAUUGCCGAGAGCGUCAAGAUAUAGCGCGUGGAACGCGUAGCGGCAGCGCGAGCGCGACGAUUUGUCACUCCCGCGGCGAGAAGAGGAGAAUAUAAUUACGGGAGAGGACGACACUCCCUCGGCACCCCCGUUUGGCGUUACUGGAGCCGGAGGCCAUCGGCGCCGAGGCAUGAUCGAAAGGAAGCAACGUAUAGUCCUCCUUCUUCUCUCGAUCGAGACCAUCAUAUAUCUCACGUAAUGCACGUAAAUUAUGCAUCUCGCAUUUCUCUCGCCGAACGAACGGAAACUAGAGGCAAGAACCAGCGAGAAGAGCGUUUACACUAUACGAGAUAACACGCCGGCUGCGCCGCUUCCUUCACCUACGAUCUUCUUCCCGCCUCUCGUUACCGCGGUGAGAAAACGAAGUGCGUGCUUCGUGACUUCGGCGCGGAUCUUCGGAGUCCGUCGGUCGGUGCCCGGUUGGUGUCAACGUGUCUAUUUACGAUCAAACGUGUCCGCGUCGUAUGUGUCGCCUGUAUUUGCGUAACGUCACACCACGCGUUUCUCGCGUGUGUUAUAAGUGUGCCAUGCGAGAGGACCCCGUCGCGCCUCGCCUUUGAAAUUCGUCCAGAGGGAGGGGGCCCGCCACCGGAUCUUUCGUGAUCCAUGCGAUUCAGGGAAGUUCGUGGACGGCCCAUCUGUGAUUUUCUCGGAAGCUCUCUCCGCAGAAAACGGCCACGGCCGAUAAUUAUGCGUUCCGACGAGGGAUAACCGCGUCGAUGCAACGUGAGAGAGAAAGAGCAUUUUAGACUUACGUCAAGAGUGAAUGGAGGUCGUGGCGAGGUUUGAGAACGGCGAAAGUCAUCGGGGGAGGUUCAAGGCGAACGAAUUUCUCGAUUAGUUUGUCUGGUGUCGCGACGACAAAGUGGAAGAGGAUCGAGUGACAUUUCUCCGAGCGAACGCGCGAAAACGUCCGGUACCGUUAUUCGAGCUCCAUACGGUUGGAGAAUCCAUUUGCUUAGAUCUCGAAGGCAAACCCGUCGACAAUAAUAUCUCGAGGAGUGUACACGUCGAGUAACUCGCGCGACGACUCGCGUUUUUUUUUUCACUUCACACACGAACUGCUCGCAAAUACCCUCGAUCACCACGGUCCGACCAAGGGAUCUCCCGAGGGAAUCUCCGUUUCAAGAUCUUCGACCAAGCGUUCUGAAAAGUUUCCGUGAAGUCCCCAUAAGGGUUCUGUUAGACAUUGAGGAAAACUUGACGUUCGUGGUGUUGCUGCGACAGAAUCUGAAUACUUCGAUCUUUGCAGACUUUGAGUUGUGCAGCCACGCAGGAAUCCGUAUACGUUAAAAGCUUCGUUCUGGUUGCCGGCGCGGUAGCCAUGUCAUCGCCGGAUCGGCACGACGGAUCAUCACGAGAAAUCGACGUGGAGCCGGGAGAGAGCCAUCGUCGUCGACCCGGUAUACUUAGGACCGCCGAAUAACGCCGGCAGCCGAGGAAUCGGUGACCGAAGGAUCGAUACGAGCGAAUCGAUCCACCAGCUCGCAACCUACGGCCUCCUUGCUGGCCUGGCCAGCUACUAUGCGAAUUGAAGCUCUCAGCACCCUCGUCGCGGUGGUUUGGCUGACCGCAGUCUUGUGCCCGCGGCUUACUGCCGCCAACAAUCUGACUUUAUCUUUCUCCUCUCAAACGCCCAGGGAACAUCCUUUCAGAGAACAUAUCUCUAGCUUGGCAAAGGAGGAGUCGAACAAGUGGCUGCAUCACAUGCAGAUGAUCCUGCGUGAGGAAAAAGGGAACGAGGACGGCCUGGUCGAGUGCUGUCCUACGAAAGAGGAAAUGGUGGAACCACUCGGCGGUAUAAAUCAAAAACAACAAUUAGUCACGCUCUAUCGGCACGGCGAGAACCGCCAGAGGUUCUUCGAGUACUCCUGCAAAGAAGAAGUCGUCGACCAGCCGUGCAGAUUCGUCGACCGGAAGUUAUACAGCCAGUCCAGAUGCGUGCAAAAAUACUCGUACACGUACGCCAUCAUCGAAACUACUGAAUCAGAAAUGGAGGAACACCAUCCAAAGGAGGAACACAGAAGGCACAAGGAACACUCCUCCCGCAAGGAACGUCUCCUCCGCAAGGAACAUCCCCCCCGCAAGGAACAUAUCCUUCCCAAAGAAAAUUUUCUCACGUUAUCCGGUAAUAGCACCUUGAGCGGAUCCGGAUGGUCGUUGGACUACAUCAAAGUACGAAGUGGCUGCAGCUGCGAGCUCAUACCGAAGCCGAAGAAGAAGAAGAAAGUGGCGACGAAGGCGAGGAAAGUGAAGAGCAAAUUGCAUCAUCCGAGGGACCAAGAGACGGACUUUGAGACGUGAAAGUGUCGAUUCGCGUCCUAAUGACAGUACAUUGUGCAGUAAUUGUGUUGCGACUUGACAGGAGAAUGUGCGUGCGAAUGUGAGACUAUACCUACGUGCGACAUGUGGGGACGUGAAAAGUAUUACUAAUCGUCGGACGCAAUGAAAACGUUACCAACGAUCGUAUCAUCGAUUUUUCUGAUGACAAUUACGUAACAAUAAUUUAUUAGACAUUACCGCGGACGUAGAAUACGUUAUUUUGUGAAUGGCGCGUUGAUACGCUUUUGUAUUUCUUGGUGCUUCUUUUACAAAUAACUGUCUUAGCGUAUUUUAAACAUCCUUUCCUAUUUAUUACCAAUUACUACGAUAAGAAAUUUUUGCUAAUUAAACGUAGGUAUGAUUUUGUCUAAUUUCAUUAAAUUAUUUUACCGAGUUUGGAGUGACGAUCUUACAAUAGCAAAAAAAACCGAUUGCUAAUGAAUAAGUAAAUUGAGAACUUUUAUGACAAUUGACUGAUAUCGGGGAACAAUAUUUCAAGUUAAUAAUAUAUAUAUUGAGAUAAUUUCAUUGAUUCUUAAUAAAAUAGACAUGUGUCUCGAUGCGUAUUAAUUUAAUGCUUUAGCUUAAUUAAAUCUAAUUUUCAUCUUACCGGCGGCCAGUUUUCAUUCUGUACUUUUACGUGUAUAUUAUAAAUUUGUAUGUACCCGGUAGCUUGUGAGAAUUCUAAUAAGGUAUAUGAUAUUUCGAUUAAUUACAAUCUAACUCAUUGCAUCUAUAUCUAGAUCUGCGAGGCACGUUGUCCUUUCAAUAACGAGAAUGCGAAUCAUUACUAAAAUUUAUUUAAAUAAAACUGGUGUCAAGUUAAUUUUAUUUAAACUAAUUUUUGGCUUAGGAAACAUUGACUUACAGAAUAAAACGUGCCAACAGCCAUGACAAUUAUUAAUAAAUCUGAUUAUCAUAAGAAAUGCGGAAAAAUAUGUAAAACCGUUAGAUUAAGUCUUUUUCACUGCGCGAAUUUUCAUUUUUUCACGUCAAUACAAUGCGUAUAAAUGAAAACUAUGUUAUAUUAAUGGCUAAAAAAUAUUUCUCCUCUCUUCUCUCUUAAUUUCUUGCACAUUGAUGCAAAGAUUGAUUUCAAUCUUUGCAUUACUUUGUGAUGUGCGAUGCAGAUUUGUAGAGUUAUAUUUUUAAUUUAUAUAUGUACUCGCAAAAUAACUCUAUAUUAGCGCGUUAAUUCUGAGAAAUCUUUAAUGCACAGCUGUACAUAUUUCCGCGGGAAAUAAGGAAUUUGCUGUUUUAUGUCACAAUGUCUAUGUAUGUUUCAUAAUAUUAACAUGCUUUUUUUAAUUACUUUUGACAUAUACUUCUUCACUAUAACUGCCGUAUUAAUAGUUUGAAAUGACUUCCAGAUAAUAUUUGUUGUAUCAUACAUAACACCGUAAACAUGCGGACAUGUUUUCUGUAUCGCCGUGUAAACAUUGUACAUAAACGUCAUUAAUACACUUGUUAUAAAAUCUGA